GGUUGGAAGGCAAAGAAUAAGCGUUGCACACUUCGUACUCCAAGCCAGCAGGGGUCAUAGUUUAAUUCGAUGUAAAUCGCUUAGGUCACAUUUGAUGAUGUGGUUUUCUGCCUGGAGUUACUUCCGCGUAGGUGUUUCCCUGUGACUGGAAGUUAAGUUCAAACUGAUCCGCCCGAUACAAUAAUGGAAAUAUUACGGCUAUGAUAUUCUAUCUUUACCUCUCCUCCGAAGAGUGUUUGUCAGAGAUAUUCGCCACGGAACAGUACAGUUAAGUUUAUUAGCAGGCUAACUAGCCACGGUAGCUAGCCACUCUCUCCUUACUGCAGGUGUUUGUCUAUGCUACAGGGAAUGGGAGAAUGGAUUGUCUAUGUGAAAUAAUUCCCUGUCUGGUUGCAUUGGCAGUGGCUGCUUUGAUAGUGGUGCUGCUGAUAGCCCAUCUGACUGCCGGGAUGGUGGACCUGAAGCGUCAUGAGAAGGAGAAGUUGUUCCUGACCGCGACUGGAGAGAAGGAGCCCUUCCCCAGCCUUCAUGACCCCAGCUCCCUGGAGCUGUCUGUAAUAGUGCCUGCCUACAAUGAGGAGCUACGAAUGCCUGUGAUGAUGGAGGAAGCUAUGGGAUACCUGGAGAACAGACAGAAACAGCAGCCGUUGUGUUUACUCUAUGAGGUUUGUGGUGGACACGCAGCAGUGACCAAACACACAGAGGUACCAGCACCGUGGUGUUGA